CUCAAAUAUUUUCAAAAUGUGCUCAAUGAAAUUGUUUUUGAUAUACCUGAUGAGAUAGAGACUGUGGGGGUGUCACCCUCCCCCCCCCCCAGUAGUUUUGCCCCUGCUUAAAACAAAAGAAUGUUUUUUCUUCAUAUAUAAACUGAACUAGGACAAUUCAUUGUUUGUUCUCAUUAAAAAUUAUAGCAUUUGGCUAAGUCUUGCCAGGAAACAUGCCAGACGCAGACGAGAUUCAAUUGUUCAUCAAUGGUUUGCAAGGAAAACAUACUGUGUACCGCAUACACAAAGUGAGUUUCUAUUUCUUCACCUUGCCUGAGUGUGUGCGUGGGAGGUGUAACACCCCAAAGAAAAGUCAAGGAAAGGGGUCCCAAUUUCCCCAGAGAGGGCCCCAAUCACCCCAAAUAUCGAUACCAAAUAUCAAUAUUUUCCUAACUCGAACAAGGCAUUAAAAGACUAUUUUUAAUCAUUAACAACGGCAACAAUGCUAACAAUAUAAACAUUGAAUAAUAUAUAUCAGUGAUUGCAACCAACAUAGCCAGAAACUCCCAUCCUGCCCGUGGACCAUUAAGCACCAUAGAAAAUGAACUUUGGUAUCCGAUUUUCAUGAUGAUGCCGCUGACCAAAAUGAAAAAAUAUCGCAGGCACAGAAAUAUCGAAACAUCGAUAUUUCUUGCCAGUAUCGAUACUUUUCUUCAAAAUCCUGGUAUCGAUAGUAUCGAGUAUUUGGUAUCGAUAUCGGUCCAUCCCUAGUUGAUUCUAAUUACCUGCAUGUGCAAGAAAGAAAUAAAGUAUGAAAAGAAAUAGAACCCUCCCUUGCCAAACAAAGGUUAACUAAUCACACCAAGAACAGAACACUUGCUACAAUCCAUCAAGGUAGAUUUUCCAGGUGGUGAGUCUCUAGGUAGACUUAGGCUCCUAAUUAAACCUCUGUACUUCUCUGUCAGGAUGCUAUGACAGAUGACUUGUUCAGAAAAGUCAGUGAACACUCUGGGAUCCCAGUUGGUGAACUCAGAUUGAUCUAUAGUGGAAAACAGUUAGAGGAAGGAAAACAUUUGUCACAUUAUAAUGUUGAGAAUCUUUCAACCCUUUACUUGGUGUUGCGACUCAAUGGUGGAAUGGAUGAAAAUGUGAAACAACUGGAUAGUGAUGUUGAGUUGACGUGUGAACCAGAUAUGAUAACCUGGGAUGAUGAUCCAGAGAACCUCAGAGCUAAAAUGCCAUGCGGACAUGCUAUUAGUAAGGGCAAGCAUGUGAUAUGGGCCUCUUGCUAGAAUAACAAUAUUACCAUGCUCUCUUUUCAUUGUUUUGAAAAUCCCACUGUUUAGUCAGUUCUCCAUACCAUAUCCAGUCGCAUUGUUUUGACAUUUAUGUGAAGGAUCUAUUUGCAGGCUAACACGUAAUAUGACAUUAAACUGUACCCCCUCUCUAUUAAGCUGCCCCAGGGCUGCCGAGAGAAUUUGCAGGGUCUGGGGCAAAUCUACUCUGGGGGCCUCAUGAUAUCAUUAUUUUUAAGCAGACCCAGGUUAGUCACCCAACUAGACCUUAGCUAGACUGCAUGUGGGGCCCUCAAUUUCAAAAAUGCUCUGACCAAUUUGCUAAGGUGGGGUGCAGGGCAAUUUGCCCUCCCCUGCCCCCCCCCCUGCCGCCACCCCUCUUGGCGGCCCUGAGCUCCCCUCCAAAUUCACAUCUAAGGAACACAUAUGUAAUAUUCGAUUUAUUUUUAUUGUUCAUGUUAAAAUGUUUUCAUUUUGUCAUUGAAGCGGCUGAAUCAUAAUAUUUGUUGGAAGGAAUGAAAUGUUGAAAAUAUUUUGCACUUUGGCUUUAUUAACAAGCCCACUCCUCUCCAUUAGGCCCCUCUCCUCCAUGAAGCAUCUCUCUCUCCAAUAAUUAAGCCACAGCCCUGAAUCUGUCUGAAAUAAAUAAACCCUCAGAGGAUUUAUCACUGAUUAAAACCCCGGUCAAACGAGAAUGAGAGUUUAUGAGAGUUGCAGCGUCAUGUUUUUGACUGGGUUCAAAUUCAGUUCAUGAGAGUUGUUAGGAGUUUUUGCUCCUUUGGCUUGUAUGCGUGAUAAUAUCCAUUCCACUCUCGUACAACUCGUGUUCUCGUUUGACUGGGGCUUGAUGAAACUCUCAUGCAAACUCUCACUUGCCAACUCCCAUUCACAUUUGACAAGGGUCUUAUAUGUUCUACUGUUCUACACUUAGGUCCAGAAUCUCUGACUGCAUACUGUCGCAGUCUGUUGAGUGGUGGCAAAUUCCGUUUCAAUUGUCCCUACCUUGGCCCAGAUAACAACAACUACUGUGGCAAGGAAUGGGACUAUGUGGAUGUCCGCCGUUUUGCGGUGCUCACAGAAGAUGAAAAACGAGAAUUCGAAAAGAAGUUAUCAGAGAAUUACCUAAGGAAGGCAAUAGGAAUCCAGGAGUGCCCCAAAUGCAAGUCGUUUUGUGAAAGAAAAAGAAAAAAAGAUCGUUGUGUACGGUGUCCAUUUUGCACGCUGCAAGAAAAGAAAGGGUUUGAUUUUUGUUGGUUCUGUUUGCACGAAUGGCAAGGCGCAGUCUCAAAUAAUAAAUGUGGUAGGUAUAUUAGUUACAGUUAAAAGAAAUUACGGAGUGUUCAUUAUUAUACCUGCAUUGGGUUGGUACCGAAGAGAAACUAACCUGAAAGAGAAAAACACUGCCACCCAACCUUAAAUUGGAUAGGGACUAUUUAACUUAAACAAGCUUUCGUUGUUAGGGAUGCAGCUAACUGAAAAAUAUAAGGAGAAUUUCGACGUUUCAAAUGAAGACCCUUUGUCUGCAGUUUAAUACUAUAGGCUUAGGUCAGCCUAACCCUAAGGCAAGAACGUUAGGGCUCACAAUGAAUAAUGAUGAAUAAUAAAACGACUAUACCUUAUGUUUAUUAUUAACAUAAUAAACGGACCCCCGCUAACUCGAACAAUUUUUCGCUUCCCUUAGAAGUUCGAGUUAAUGGGGUUCUACUGUGUAUAUAUAUAUAUAUAUAUAUAUAUAUAUAUAUAUAUAUAUAUAUAUAUAUAUAUAUAUAUAUAUAUAUAUAUAUAUAUAUAUAUAUAUAUAUAUAUAUAUAUACUAUAUAUAUAUAUAUAUAUAUAUAUAUAUAUAUAUAUAUAUAUAUAUAUAUAUAUAUAUAUAUAUAUAUAUGCAGGAAUCGAUCGGCCCUGCGAUUCUGAUGCAGCGCUCUACCAACUGAGCUAUACAUGCAGAGGCCAGUUUUUGAUCUGUAACCGCAAGUUCAUGUAUAUCAGUAUAGAUUUUCGAGUUUGAGGGGGAACUUGAUAGCGGAUUUUUUGCAUUUCCUUGGAUUGAAUUUUACUAAUGCUGGGUUUGGUGAAUAAUCCAAGUGAGCAUAUAUAUAUAUACACAAUUUAAGACCUAUUAUAAUUUUUAAACCAGGAACGGUUGCGACAUUAGGCCCUAUAAAUGGCAGGAAUCAAACCUGCGGCCAGUUGGCGAACUGUAAAUGCAAGUUCAUGUAUGAUAAAGUGUUUGAUUGUAGAACUUCUCUGUGCUUUUCGAGGGGUUUUCUCCUGAUGCUCCGGGUUUCCUCACCCCAGCUUAGGUUUGUCACUAACAGUGUAUGUAGGCCUAUAUCAUGAAUGGCAUGCAACCACUGCGGUGUAAAUGAUAUCAAAUAAAUUAUCAUUCCACUUCUAGGAAAUGCUGACUGUACUGGACACGACCCACGUCUGAAAAUCCUCCAGGAAUGCCCUAAAAAAGAAAUCGUUGGUGUUGCUGGCUGUCCAUCCAGGCGAGCUUGCAUCAAAUGUGGCCUGCUGAUCGAGCACAUUAAAGCUUGCAAACACAUGAAAUGUCGAUGCGAUCAGGAGUUCUGUUUCAUUUGUUUGAAACCGAAGCAAAAUGGAAAUUAUCCAUGUGGAUCGUUUAAUACCAAGUGUGAAGUCGCGGCUGUUCAAACACAAAUUCCCGGUGCAGAUUAAUGGCGAUUUCACUGCAACUGCACAGCCUUGAAAAUGCCAAAAAGUUUAAAUUGUCACCAUUGACUUGAAAACUACAGUUGAUUUCACGUUUAGUUGUAAGAAUUGGACAAUUCAGAGAAUAUUAUAUAAUAGUUGCCAUUAAUGCAUUAUACGUAGUUUCUGUUACAUCAGCCGUAUAGUAGUGUAAGACUAUAGACAUAGUGAACAAUCACUGCUGAUAUACAGCCACUCGAAAAAGGUUGUCCUUUCUAAACCUUAAAAGCAUAAUGGGAGCGUCAUUUAAUCAGUUUAGAAAUCAUAUAUGGGGCUCAUUUCUUGGGGGCAUGGUAAAUAUCUCCUUAUGAGAACAAUUCAUUCACAAGCUUGAAACUCGUGCUCCCAUUAACCUUUUUUGAAUUCGCUGUAUAUAUGUAGCUACUGUGUAAUUUUACCUAAAAUAGAUGGCUGUAGAUUUUUAACAUUUGUUUAAAAGAACAAUAUUAUCAAAUAUUGAUAAGUACAGUUUUGUUACGUUGGUUACGAAAAAUUGAUUAAUAAAUUAUUACAAUUGUGGGCUGUCAGUCAGGCAGUGUUGCUGUGUUUCUGUACUCCGCAAAUAAACGAAAUUUUGAGCAGAAAGCAAGAACUUCAUAAAUGAUGACACUGAUGAAGUGAAAAAAGAGUAAGAAAAUUAAUUUGUACGUCUUUCAAUUUUAUUUGCUUUUACAAGAGAUUAAGACUACCACAAUGGUUAAAAUAUCAUGAUUUCCUGUGAUAACUGCCG